GGCGGAAUAUCAUGGUACGGCGUCGAUUGAGUUUCUGUAAAUUUAGUAUAAUAUUUUAGUGUAUGUGCUAAUGGAUUUACAAUAGUAGAAAUAAGGGAAUAGUGUAAUUUAUAAAAUGGAGACUAAAGCCAUAGACGGCAUGUGCCGGUGUUGUGCUUCGUCGGGUAUUUUCAAAGACAUGUAUGCGACAUAUAACUGGAUGGGAGAAGACGAGAUUUAUGCAAAUAUGCUACAAUAUUGUUUUGAUAUAACACUAUCAACAGCACAAGACCAAAACAAUGGUGGUAUCUGUGAGGUGUGCAUUACACAAUUACGGAAUGCUGCAAACUUUAAGAAGCAAGUUCAACAGACAGAGAUACAGUUCAAAAAGUUACAGGAAGAAAAAGAAUUCAGUCCUAAACCUGUGAAAAUAGAAAUAUCAGAAAUGACAGAAUUAUUGGAUGAUGUGAUUAAUUCUGAUAAUGAAAUGUCCGAUUCCGAUACAGAAUUUACUGUUAAUAUAAAACAAGAAAAUCCGGAGCCAAAAGCGAAGAAGAGAGCGAAAGCAACAAGUUCUAGAGCUGAUGAUACUGGAGAACCAUCGAAUAAACGCCGCAAUGCAGAGAGAAAGGCCCGAAGACGGGUAGAUGAAGUCAACACGAAAAUUAAAACUACCCAUCGCGAAAAACAUUUGCCGGAAAUGCAAAAGCAAUGGCACAAUUUAACCACCUUACUAAAAUAUUCAAAUGCUACACCUUUUAAAGAUAGGAAUGAUGCUGGAUACAUCUGUGCGUAUUGCUUCAAGACUUAUCCAGACCCAGAUGUUUUGAGGAAUCAUACGCAAUACGAACAUGUUAAAGAAAAACCAACCUACAAAGCAGGAACAGGAAUGAGCAGUUUUGUCGCAUUCCUAGAUGUAGUUAAUCUAAAAUGUACGAUCUGUGAUCAAGCAAUGGAUAAUUUAAAGUCACUUAUAGAUCAUCUAGUCAAAGUUCACGAUACGAAGUAUUAUGUUGGCCUAACUGAUUAUUUCCAACCCUUCAAGUUGACAAACGAUCAGCAGAUGAAAUGCUGCCUUUGUAAUGAAGUGUAUCACAAUAUGAAAUUGUUGAUGCAGCAUAUGAAUGUACAUUACAGAAAUUUUAUAUGUACGAUAUGUGGUGCUGGAUUUGUAAAUAGUUUUAGACUGAACAGACAUGAAACUACGCAUGCUAAAAAGAAAUCUAGCUUCCCGUGUAGACAGUGCGGUCAAGUGUUUGCCGCGGAGUCAAAGAAAAAAGCACACGUUAAUACAGAACAUAAAGGUAUAGCUGGGGAUAGUGUUUGUCAGAUUUGUAAGGCAAGAUUUAAGAAUUACUAUCAGAAGACCAGACACAUGAUGCAGAUUCAUAAUGUUGAAGGAAUACAUCGUACCAUGAGAAAGAUCGGAACACAAUCAACCGUAUUACUUAAUAAAAGCAGGGGUCGCGAAUUAAUGAAACACAGAAAUAAUAUCAGAGAGAUUUUAAAAUCCUCGAAUGCAACCCCGAUACGAUGUCACGCAGGCAUCGGCUAUGCAUGUGCCUUCUGUGACAAACAAUAUCCAGACCCUAAAGAUCUCAAGAAGCAUACAUUGGAAGAACAUGACUCGAAAACAAAGCGGAAGUUUAUGGAGGGGAAACAGAUGUUCUCUUAUCUCGUGAAGCUCGAUAUAACCUCCUUGAAAUGUAACCUCUGUGAUAGCAACAUUCCCACACUAGAACAACUCAUAGACCAUUUGAUUAAUUUACAUAAUAGAAAAUUUUAUAUUGAUAUCAAUAAUCAUAUAUUACCAUUCAAAUUUGAUAGUGAUCUGUUACUCAAAUGCGUCUAUUGUGUGAGUGUUUUCAAUAAAUUUAAGGCUCUACUGGAGCAUAUGAACAUUCACUAUAGGAAUUACGUCUGCGAUGAAUGUGAUGCUGGAUUCGUUAACAAAAAUAUAUUAUUAAAUCAUGCAGAAGGACACAAAAAGGGUAUAUUCAAAUGUGAUUUCUGUGAUAAAGUAUUCGAUACACAUCGUAAGAAGAAGUCGCACGAGAAAUCUGUGCACAUACAUUUAAAUAUGUUGAAUAGAUGUGGAUAUUGUAAUCAGAGAUUUAACACUUACAGUAGGAAAUUGGAGCAUUUGAUUAAAGUCCACGGCGUGCAAUCGCCAUUGUUAAAAUGUAAAGCUUGUGACAAACAAUUCGAAACACAAAAGUCUCUAACAGUUCAUGUAAAACGUGACCAUUUAUUGGAAAGGAGACACGAAUGCAAGAUUUGCGAUAUGAAAUUCUUCGUGACACAUCAAUUGCAGCAGCAUAUGAUUAAGCAUACGGACUUAGCUAGUUUUGUAUGCGAAGUGUGCCACAAGGCGUAUAAACGUAGAAAGACUUUGAAAGAACAUCUUCGUAUACAUGCGGAUGAUAGACGGUUUAAGUGCGAACAUUGUGGCCAAGCGUUUGUACAGAAAUGCAGCUGGCGAGGUCAUAUGCGUGCGAAACAUGGGGAAGCUGUUUAGUAUUUAUAACACUAUAAAUUAAGAAGUAUU